GUGCUCCAUUUAAUGAUAGGAUAGAAUAAAAAGUAAUUGUUUACGAUGAUUUAUCAUCACCUCCAAAAUACACUUUGGAGUGGUUUGUUUAAAUAGACAUUAAUUCUAAAUAAAUAAAAAUGCUUGCGCGAGUGCCUUAUAAGCAAGAAAAAAUCUAUUAUUUUAUGGGGAUAGAUCAUUAUGUAAGUUGGUAGGUAUACCAGAAGGCUGUAACUUAAUUUGCUACUGAUAACUCUUAAAAUAUUUAUUAAGGCAGUUAUGUUUAAUUCAAAGUAGAAUAUUAAAAAGAUAGCAUUUUGUUUAUUUUUGAUAUUUCUAGAAAUUAAAGACAAUCUUAUACAAUAGUUUGAUUAGAAGAAAGACCAUACCUAUUCAUUCUCUGUCGCUAAAGAUAAAUGACAUGUUCCACAUAGAUCAUUGAUCACUAGAUAAUUUCUA